GGUGUAACAUUGCGUAUCAUAAGAUUGAUAUUACUCCAUUUUCGGACAUUACAACAUUUCAUCUCUAUAAAAUAUCGAUACCCCUUGGAUUUUUCUCUCUUAACCAUCAAUAAAAAUAAGAGCAAAACUUCCAAAUCUCCUUGCUGCUGUUCGAGAGAAAGAAAAGUUGUUCGUAGCCAAACUAUCUCCCAACACAACUAUUAUCCCGUAAAACUAGAAAAGGUGUAUCAGAGAGCAAAUUAAACAGGAGAGAAGAUGGGUGUUCAAAGAAAAAACUCCCCUUUAAUAUCUUCAAAGAAGAAAUCUCCUACUCUUGAGGAGCUUUUCUCACUUGAUUCCAGAAGUAAUGGUUUUGUCAGCAACCUUUCAAGCCCCAUCAAUGGCCGGCAGAGUAAAACCAAUUCUGAAUAUGACGAAAUCCUCUCUUCAAUCUCUUACUGCAGCUUCGUCUUCACGUUCGCUGAUUCUUCAGAGUCUCCCUCUCGACAAGAUCUCAAAAGGGUCAAACUAACCAAGCUCUUAUCUUUCAUAAAGUAUCCAAACAAGUCUCUGAACGAUGAGGUUUUAUCAUCUCUCAUGUCCAUGUUAUCAGUCAAUCUUUUCAGACCACUUCCUCCACCUUCAAAUCCCUCCAUAAUCUCCUACUUGCCGGACGAUGAAGAACUCAUCUCUGCUCCCUUACCCGUUUGGCCACACCUACAAAUCGUCUACGAUAUUCUCCUUAGACUCGCCAUCAACUUAGAUCCCAAUCUACUCUGCAACUACAUUGAUCAUUCCUUCAUCAUCAAUCUCCUCUCUCUGUUUCAAUCCGAAGAUCCAAGAGAGCGGGAGAGCUUGAAGAAUGUGUUCCACAGCAUAUACUCGAGGUUCACCUUCUACCGUUCGUUCAUGAGAAAAGCAAUGAACGAUGUGUUCUUGUACUAUAUUUUUGUAACAGAGAGACAUUAUGGGAUUGGCGAGCUUCUUGAGAUAUGGGGAAGUAUCAUCAAUGGCUUCACUGUGCCGUUAAAGGAAGAACACAAGGUGUUCUUGAUGAGAGUACUGAUUCCUUUACAUAAGACCAGAGGGAUGCAGGUUUAUCACAGGCAACUUUCUUACUGUGUGAACCAGUUUGUGCAGAAGGAGCCCAUGCUUGGUGGAGUUGUGGUUAGGGGGAUUCUGAGAUAUUGGCCCUGUGACUAAUAGUCAGAAGGAGGUUUUGCUUAUGGUGAAUUGGAGGAAAUUGUAGAGAAUCUUGACCCUGAUCAGUAUAGGAAGUUGGCUUUGCCUUUGUGCACCCAGAUAACCAGAUGCUUGAACAGCUGCAACUCACAGGUAGCGGAGCGAGCAUUGUACGUGUGGAACAACGAGCAGUUUGUGAAGAUGGCAUCGACUGCAUUGGACGAGGUGUUUCCAAUGGUUGUAGAAGGCAUGGAGAGGAACUUGAAGGAGCAUUGGAGCAAAAGUGUGAAGCAACUAACAAAAAAUGUGCAAGUAAUGCUUGAAGAAAUGGAUCCAAAUCUUUACUACAAAUGUAUAGAAGAAAUGGAUUCAAGAGAAUCCACUGCACAACGAGAAGAGUCGGAGAGGAAGGAGAGAUGGACAAGAAUAGAAUCCGCAGCAGCAACAAGAGGAAAUAAUCAGUUCUUGUAAGAAAGAAAAUUGAUAAUAGCAGUGUCCUUCAUUGCAGGAACAAUACUGUAAAUUUUCAAAAAAAAAUAUUUUUACAGCACCAGAAUGUUAAUUGUUUUGGAGGGGGAAUAUAAACUAUAUAAUAUAGAAAAGUUAAAAGAAAAACUUGUUGGUAAAUAAUUGUUAUUCAAAGAGGAGAAGAAAGUAGUCCCUAGCCAACCUGGUGAAUGACAUAGACUACAGUUUGCCAACUAAGAAAUAUCAAUCAUGUAUGUUUUGGUCAAUCAUUAUAUUAGAUAUAAUGAAUGUAAAGAUUCCAA